AUGGAAUGUGUCGGAUAUAGCAGUGAUUCACGACCGAGAUCUCAGUGGACUUGUCCCAGUUGUUCGCCUUACUCUAAAACGCCGCAAAAUAUACCACCAACGUCUUCGGAUACUCAUAUCCCACCUAAUAUAAUUAGCAAAAUCGAAGACAAAAUUGUCACUGCUAUCAGAAAGGAACUACAAAAUAUAAUUCACGAAGUUCUGGCCUCUGAAUUGCAACCAUUAAAGGAGCAACUCCAACUUUUAGAAGAUUCCAAUACUUUGCUCAAUAAUCAGUACAAGGAAUUAUUGGAAGUCGUCAGUAAUAAAACGAAGGAGAUCGGUGCCUUGUGUACAGAAAAAGAAAUUCUGAAUGUGACAGUGAACGACUUGCAACAGAGACUUUCUUCUAUGGAACAGUUUGCUAGGCAAAGUAACGUUGAAAUAGUUGGAAUUCCAGAACACCGGAACGAGGAUACAAAUAAAAGUAUUAAAGAAAUUUGUAACGUGGUCGGUUUUAGUCUUCCAUCACCGCAGGAUAUUAUAUUCACCACAAGGGUCGCUAAAAUUAAUCGGGAAUCAAAGAGACCGAGAAAUUUAGUCUGCCAAUUUUCGAACAAGUUAGUACGUGAUAAUUUUCUGGCAGCUAUCAUAAACUAUAAUAAAUCGCACAAGGAUAAUAAGCUUUCCUCAUCACUCCUUGGAAUCACGGGCUCUUCAGUUCCAGUUUAUGUUAAUGAACACUUAACCCCCGCGAACAAAUCACUGCAUGCUGAAACACGUAAAUUAGCCAAAAGUAACGGCUAUAAGUUUGUUUGGGUAAGAAGUGGCAAAAUUUUUGUUAGAAAAGAGGAGACAAGUCCUGCUAAGAACAUAUUGAGCUCUGAACAUCUACAUAAAUUAUUUAAACAACAAUAA